UUGUAAACUAUUUGCAAAAAAUGGAAGACUUAUCGCGAGCUAUUGAUGACCAAAAGGAGUUGAUUAAUCAUUUAACAAGACUAGUGCAAACAAUUGAUGAUGCACAUAUUAAAACCCUUCAUGGUGGUCUUAUACAAAUGCAGGCUUACGUUUCACGAACAUUCUGGAUUCUUUCAGCCAGAAAUUUGGCAAAAAGUGUUCAAAAACGCUGUAUUACGUGUUUUAAGUAUAAGGCAAAAGCAGCACAGCAAAUAAUGGGAGAACUUCCUGCAGUGAGAAUUCAACCAAGCAGGCCCUUUAAACAUAGUGGAGUAGAUUACGCUGGUCCUAUUACGAUAAAACAAUCCACCGCUCGAAAUACCGUGACCACAAAAGGAUAUAUUUGUCUUUUCAUUUGUAUGGUGACCAAGGCAGUGCAUCUAGAAGGCGUUACGAGUUUAUCUACUGAGUCUUUUGUAGCUGCAUUUCGAAGAUUCACAGCACGUCGCGGAAUCUGCACUGACUUGUAUUCCGAUUGUGGUACCAAUUUUAUUGGUGCCAAUAAAGAGCUACAAAUCUUAAACAAUCGUUGUCGGUCUUCCCUUCCAAAGGAUUUGGUAGAACAAUUGGCAAACACCGGAACACAGUGGCACUUCAUUCCACCUGCUUCUCCCCAUUUUGGUGGCCUCUGGGAGGCUGGGGUUAAAUCCACAAAACACCACCUUCGACGGAUGAUGGAGAAUCGAAUUUUAACUUUUGAGGAGCUAUGUACGCUACUUGCUCAGAUUGAGUGCUGCCUUAAUUCUAGGCCUCUUUGCCCAAUUUCGUCCGAUCCUGUGGAUUGUCAAGCACUAACCCCAUCUCAUUUCCUUGUUGGUGAACCAACUCUAUGUAUUCCUGACGAAAAUCUUUUAGAACUCAAUGUUGAUCGACUUGCUCGUUGGAAAGUGGUAGAACGUUUAAAGCAGCAGUUUUGGAAAAGAUGGUUGUGCGAAUAUUUAUGUCGUCUACAAUCACGACCAAAAUGGCUAAAAAUGCAAAGAAAUGCCGAAGUUGGUGAUCUGGUUUUAAUGUUCGAUGAACGUGUUCCUCCAGGACAAUGGCCGUUGGCCCGUAUUACUGAGAUUCAUCCUGGAAAAGAUGGACAAGUACGUGUUGUAAGCCUUUCAUCACAUGGAAAGAUUUACAGAAGACCAGUCUCAAAAAUAGCCUUUCUUCCGGUAAAUGAUGAUACCAAUUCUCAUGUCGAAUAAUGUCAAGAACUGUUGUUCUUUGUGCGGGGAAAAUGUUGGAGAAGUUCCUAGUAAACUUAUUUAUUAUUUGUGUUUUUUUGUCCUAUUACAUUUCUAUUUAUCCACUUAUUAUGAGCUCUACUGUUAAUAAUUAAACGAAUUGUGUUUGUGACCCGUUAUUAUAUUUUUUGUUAAUUUGGCAAUUGCAUUUAAAAUGUAAUAAAUAAAAAUUCCAAUAUUGUAUGUAUUCUGUUUGUACUCAAAACCAGUUUUAUACAGAUAAUAGCUAAUAUUGAAGUAUGUUUGUUUGUAAGCAUCUUUAAAUUGUGUUCUAAAAAUAGAAUUUACUUCUUUUUCAACUAUUAUUAAGAAAGCACUGCCUUGCUGCGUAUCAAUUUAUAAUUUUAACUAAAAUAAAACCAAAAUUUUGAAAACCGAA